AUGUCUGACGACACACGCCGCCACUGGCACGGGAACCCCGGCGACCGCCACGAACACCUCAACGUCUGGGUGCAGGGCGGGCCCAAAGGUCCCAGCGGACGAGCUGCAUGGGCAAUGCUUCCAGGCAUGGAAACAACCAGACGGGACUCCAACACCUCCACUUCCUCUGCUACCAGCAACGCCAACAAUGCCAACAACGCUGGAGGCACCGCUGCUAGCCCUACCCUGCCGAGCGUCAGCGAGCGCCGCCGCUCCAGCACAAGCUCGUCGGGGGCCCUCUUCUCCAACCUCCAAACCCAAAAACGACAGUCGACUGACCCGGACAUGGUCUCGCGCCGGGCUAGCUGGAAUGAGCAGUCGCAGCAGGGUGGCUUCUUUUCGAAGUUGUGGGAGGGGUACACACGGGGGAAGUAG